GGACACCUUUGACAUACUGCGAAACAUGAGGUUACAACCCUUUCUCACGAAUAUAUUCUGCGUCUCUCUCUCUCUCUCUCUUUACGCAGUUACCUUUGUAUCUUUUUGAUGAUAUCUGUGGUUACACCUUCCAGGGUAAUGUUCUGCAGCUGCUGAAUGUCCCGGUGACAUUUAUGAUCAUUCGACCUGUACUCCUGCGACAAUCAUAGCGAGCCUUUGACGUUCUCUCGCCUUUUUGAUUCUUCGGUACUUUCAUUCUAAUUUACAAUUCAAUUGCUGAGAGAUACCACUCGCUCAAAGUAUCUCUUCUUCAUCCAUUUCGCGCAUUCGUCUGUGUCCACACCGCGAUCCCUUCGUUCAACCUUCAAUCUCGAAAACAGCUCAACAACCACCACCCAACAUGUGGUUCUCUCAAUUCGCUGCCUCCGCCCUGGCAUUAGCCUCCUCGGCAGCUGCAGGAACAGAUACUAAAUACUGGCAAGGAAACACUGAUGUGAAGAUGCUUCCUUUACGAACUCAUAGCUUGGCUCCGCCCUAUCUAGAUUCCGACAUGCAUAGUCGAUGGUGGGAUUUUGGCGGUGAUACCGUUAUUCGUACAGAUCAAUACGUCCGCCUCACAUCCGAACGACAGUCUCAGCAGGGCUGGAUAUUCUCCCGUGUACCUCUAACUGCGACCAAUUGGGAGAUUGAAUUCGAAUUCAAAAUCCACGGGUCAGGCCACUUCCACGGCGACGGAUUUGCGCUCUGGCUUACCAAACAACGCGCAACACAAGGUCCCGUCUUCGGCUCCGUAGACCGCUUUGAAGGUCUAGGAAUUUUCUUCGAUACCUACAAAAACAAUCGCCCCGGUACUUCGUUUCCGUAUGUCAUGGCUAUGAUGGGCGAUGGGCAAACGGCCUAUGAUCAGGAACAUGACGGCAAGGCCAACGAGUUGGCAGGAUGCUCGGCCCGCGGUCUCCGUGACGCCGCAGUCCCCACAAAAGCACGUCUAACCUACUUCCAAGACCGCUCCCUCACUCUCGACCUCCAAUACAAAUCCGACGGCUCCUGGACCGAAUGCUUCUCCCUCACCGCGCCAGAAACCAACAUCGCAAUUCCCUCGGUUACCUACCUCGGCUUCUCUGGCGAAACGGGCGAAGUCACUGAUAAACACGAUAUUAUCUCCGUAACAACUCACAACCUCUACGAUUCUAGUACAUCUGCAAGUCGGAAUAGGGCUGGUGCGCCUACAGCCCGUGGCCGGUCUGCAGGAAGGAGGAAGAAAGCUGCUUCUUCCGGUGGAUGGAUGUGGUUCUUCUUCAAGAUCUUUCUGUUUGUGGGUCUUGUUGCGGGUGUUUAUGUUGGAUAUACGAUUUAUCGAUCUAGUCAAAGGCAGUCUCGUUUCUAAUCGGAACAAAAGGAUUCUGAUUAAAGAGGGGGAUGAAGUAUGAAGAAAUUUAUCCAGCAUGAAGCAUCAUCAAUUUUAGCUUUUCAAAUUCUUGUUUUUGUUUGUCUUUUCUAGGUUCCGUGUUGUUUUGAUACUGCUAUUCAGCGUCUUUUAUUUAGUUUGCGAUAUGAUGGAUUGAUUGAUUGAGAGAAUCAUUGACGAGGCUUGUGUAUGAUGACUGGAGCGGAGUCAGCGGUGCAUUUAACAUCAGUUUCUUAUAUUUACAACAUCAGGGAGGAUUCCCAUUUCUGAAAAUAAAGAUGCAAAUCUCAGGGAAUAUCGUCGUGAUUCUAUGGGGUAUCACUGCUAACUAUAACAUGACAAAAGAGCCAGACGUCCGGUCUAAACAUAUCAUCCUGAAUAUCAUAUAGCCUUAUCAUCAUAUCACGUCCUUCAGGUCUAUCAUCUGGACUGGCGACCCUUCUCUUCAAUCCAUAAAUCAUCCAGAAUCUGGAAAACUUCGGUAAUACUCUGUACCAAAGUCUUCUCUUCUCCCAGACCCAAACUCCCGUAUCGAUGGAGCAUCUUAUCCGGAUGCCAGCGUAUACGCUCCGCUUUAAGUGUAUUCAGAAAACUCUCAGAAGAAUGUUGCAUGAAUUCCCUCACCGCAUCACGCGAAAUAUCUCGCCGUUUACCACUUUCCACAGGCCAAUGGAUAUAAUUCCGGAUAUAAAAUGGUUUCUCAGUAUCGGAAGAAGUGGCCGGCGGAGCUUUCGAAGAAGCGUCCAACCCUUCCCAACUUUUCAUGUAUUUCUCCCAAGCCGCUAUCCAUAAUUUAGCUCGUCUCCGUUUCUCGCCCCUCUUGAGACUUUCUUCAAGAGCUUCAUUGAAUUGAGUACGAUCUCGAAAUGCUCGCUGCUGCUCGGCUUCCGCACGCUGCUUUGCUUUGGCGUUUUCUUGUCUUUGUCGUUCUCUUUCUUGCAUUAUGCCUUCGUGCGAUCGUUCCCACAUCUUGGCUUGUACGUAUUCGGCAUAUUCUUCGUCUGUCAUGCGCUCUAAUUCCCCGUUUGGUCCCUUUGGUACUGAUGGGAUGGCGUAUGUAUGGAUUGGUUGGCCGUAUACGGAUUCCCAGUAUAAAGCUCCUUCAUCGUCGCCUAGGGCGUCGAAAAGCGAUUCGCGAAAUGCUGUUUCGGGAGAUAAGGAGCGUUCAUACUGGCUGCGGGCCGGAGGAGGUGAUUCCUCGGUCUUUUGGC